UAUUAUUACAGCAUAAAAGCCAUGGACAAAUUGUAUAUUGGUAUACGAGCAGAAGAUAAAUCGUAUAUGGAGAGAAGAACUCCAAUUCCCCCUCAUGAUUGCAAGUAUAUAAUGGAAAAAGUAAGUAAUUAAAAAUAUUGGUAGCAUGAUCGAAUUUAAAUUGUUGUGUAGCCUUCAACAAAGAGAAUUUUCACAGAUGAACAAUACUUAGAGGUAGGAUGCUUGGUGUAAGAGGAUUUAACAAUCUGCAGAGCAAUAAUUUGUAUAAAAGAAAUCCCGCUUGAAAAAUAUAUUGAAGGAAUGACAUAUUUAAAUUGGUCUCAUACUUUAGAAGGAGAACCAUAUAAUAUGCCAGCAUUGGAUGUUAUGCUUAAGAAAAAUAUUAGGCAUUUGGAGUAUGAACGAAUUUAUGACGAUAACGUAAACAAAUAAUAUACUAGAUUAGGGUGUUAACAUAACUUCAUUUCCUUAUGCUGGCAUUGCAGGAAUAAUCACAUUCUUGAAUGAAUAUGGCAAGUAUUUACUAAAAAGAGAUAUGAAUACUCCAUUCUUGUAAAUAGGUCCAACAUUUCAAUAUUAUAAUAAAAAAGAUGCUUAUGAAGCAGUAUAUAAGGCAGGUUAAGCUAUUAAAGAAAGAGGUCUUCCAAAUAAGUUAGGGUUGCCAUUAAUUAUUGGAGUUUUGGGUUCAACAGGUUCAUGUGGAAAAGGCUCAUUAGAAGCAUUGUCGCAACUUUAAAUUACAAUAGUCAAUCCAGAAGAUUUAAAGGAACUAGUAAGCAAUCCUGAUGAUAAAAAACAUAAAAAUACUGUUUAUGUUUGUCCAUUUAAAACUAUUCAUUUAGUUAGAAAUAAACAUGAUCUUCAUAAAGAAUUUACAUCAUAAGAUUAUUACGAAAAUCCACUUGAUUAUGAACCAAUUUUCCAUUUCAAAUACUUGCCUUAUCUUACUAUUCUUGUUAAUGAUAUUUAUUGGGAAUACAAGUUUCCACGCUAUAUUACUAAUACUUAAAUUAAAGUAAAAAAUAUCAUUCAUUUUUAAGGAAUUAGUUGAAUCUGGAAAUAGUAGAUUAUAAGCUGUAUGUGAUGUUACUUGUGAUUUAGAAGGAUCAAUUUAAUUCUUGAAAAAGUUUACAAACCCUGAUCAUCCUGUUUUCUAUUAUAAUCCUAUAUCUCAAGAUAUUCAUGAUGAAUUUGAUUUCUAAUCACAAAAUGAUAUCAUGUACAUGUCUAUAGAUUUCUUGCCAUCCUAAAUGCCAUAUGAAGCCAGUAUGGAUUUUGGAAAAGCACUUAGAGAUAUUGUUCCUUAUUUAGCCUAUUCAGAUCCAAAUAAACCUUUGGAAGAAAGUGGCUUACCGGAAUUUUUGUAGAAUGCUACUGUUACUCUACAUGGUUAAUUAACCCCAAAAUUUUAAUACAUUAAUGAAUUAAGAAAACUUAAUGAAACUGAAAAUGACCAUCAACAGUUUAAAAUGAUAACCUCAUAUUAUUCAAAUAAAUUGAAUGCAACUAAAGAUAACACUAUCAUCCAUAUUAGAUCAAAUACAUAACAAUAACUGUAAAUUUAGUAUUCAUAAUCUUAGAUCUUUAUCAGAUCCUGAAAAUUUAAAAGAUGAUACAUUCUAAUCAGAAAAUUCAUCCAGAAAUUUACCUACGUCUUCUUUUAAUAGAGAAAUCAACGUAGAUGAUGCUAGAAAAGUCAAUAAUCAACAAACUUUUGAAACACAGAUAUAAAUUUAAUGA